CACAUAUAUUUGCUUUAUUGAUAUUCCGAGUGUCACAGGCCUUGUGGUGCCUAUGCAUAUCCUGAGAAUUUGGACAGUGUUCUAGAUUAUUUUAAGGACAUACAGUAUCUCAUACUUGGUUGAACCAUUAAGUAAACACUAUGUCAGAAAUAGUUUACCCGCAAGGGUGUAGAUCUGUCACAGAAGAUCUGGGUCCAGAUGAACUUAUUAGGCGAUUGAAGACAUUAGCUCACACAUUACAAGCAAUGGGACAAGAUGAAGGAAUGUAUCAGCAAUAUAUUCCACUUGCAUUACAUUUGGCAGAAGAAUACUUUCUAAUGCAUCAAAGUAAAGAUGUACAACUCUUAAUCGCUUGCUGUAUAGCCGAUGUUUUGAGGGUUUAUGCACCUGAAGCUCCAUAUAAAGAUGCAGAACAGGUUAAAACAAUAUUCCUGUUUCUGAUUAAACAAUUGGCCGGUUUGAAAGAUCCUAAAGAUCCUGCUUUCAAAAGAUACUUUUACUUAUUGGAAAACUUGGCAUACGUGAAAUCUUUUAAUAUGUGCUUUGAAUUAGAAGACUGUCAAGAAAUCUUCUGUGCACUUUUUUCCCUUAUGUUUAGGAUAGUAAACGAUGAACAUUCUGGGAAAGUGAAAAGUUUUAUGUUAGACGUACUGUGUCCACUUAUUACAGAGUCAGACAUUGUUAGUAACGAACUUCUGGACAUUAUACUUAUGAAUAUUGUAGAGCCGAACAAAACACAGAAAAAGAAUGCAUACUUGCUCGCAAAGGAAUUAGUAAUUAAAUGUAGCGAUACAUUAGAACCUUAUAUUCAAGCAUUUUUUAACCAUGUACUGAUUUUGGGUAAAGAGGAGAAGAGUUUACAAAUCUGCAAGAAAGUAUAUGAUUUGAUUUACGAGUUAAAUCACAUAUGUCCGAGCGUCUUAUUGUCCGUCCUUCCACAAUUAGAGUGUAAACUAAAAUCUUCCUCCGAAAACGAAAGAUUGGGGGCCGUGGCGUUACUAGCCAGAAUGUUCUCUGAAAAAGGAUCUCAGUUAGCUGUACAAUAUACGCAAUUGUGGCGAGCAUUUUUAGGAAGAUUUAACGAUAUCAGUGUGGCGAUUCGUAUAAAAUGUGUACAGUAUUCGAUGCAUUUUUUACUGAACCAUCCUGAGCUAAGGAAAGAUAUUACUGACACCUUAAAAUUAAGGCAACACGAUGCAGACGAAAGCGUCCGAUACGAAGUUGUUAUGGCUAUAGUAACUACUGCCAGAAGAGAUUUUGAAGUUGUAUCAGACAGUGAGGAUCUGCUUGAAUUCGUUAAAGAAAGAACUUUGGAUAAAAAGUUUAAAAUCAGAAAAGAAGCAAUGGCAGGAUUGGCAAUGAUAUAUAAAAAACACUUAAAUGACGCGGAUGUACCACAAGCUACAAAGAAGGCUGUUACUUGGAUAAAGGAUAAAAUAUUGCAUGGUUAUUACAUGGCAGGCAUGGAAGAUAGAUUAUUGGUAGAAAGAUUAUUGAACACCUGUUUAGUACCUUAUCAGCUGCCAGCUGGUGAAAGAAUGAAGAAAUUGUAUCAUUUGUUAGGUACAAUCGAUGAUCAUGCAUCUAAAGCUUUUGUCGAACUACAAAAACAUCAACUCGCUGUGCGGAGGGCAGUAGUUGAAUGGUUAGAAAUAGUGAAGAAACCAGAUGCUGUGGUUGAAUUAGUGGCAAAAAUUCAUCAGAUAUCUCGCUUUUUACCAGAUCCCAUGAAAGUGCAAGAAUUUUUACAGAAGUUCAGCGCUCACAUGAGAAAAGACUCAGCAUUGCUACAAGGAAUGGAUACGAUAGUUCAACCAAAUGUCUCGUGCAAGGAAUGUGCGGAUACAAUAAGUAUGGUUCUCAAAAAAUUAGGUCAACCUGUCAUGACGAAUUUGUAUUACAAUACAAUAAAGAUGUUGCUGGAAAGAGUCAGUUCUGUAAUGAUCGAUGAAGAAGCUAUUAGGGUUUUAAUUGGAUAUGUAUUAGACUGUUUAAAAGGCGGAAAUGUGAUAGAAGAAGUUGGUCUAAAUCCAAAUAAUGCAGGAGAGAAAGGUCUGAGGUUACUCGUGAUGCUUUCAUUUGUAUUUGGUCCACAUUUUCUUCACAAUGAUAUUCUGAUGCAACUUGUUCAUCUUUUGGAGUUAGAGGAUGAAAUGGUAGCGUCGUUGGUUCUUUCGAUUUUCACAUUUUUAGGAAAAUAUAAACCUUUGUGUGACGUAGCCCCGGAUAUUAUGAAUCUUAUGGUUCCAAUUUGUAAAAAUUUCGCUGAAACAGGAACAUCGAAACAAGCAAAACAGGCUGUAAGGUGUUUAUUCGUUAAUAUGACCAAUAUUCACGAUACCAUUUUCCCUGAAAUUAUUGAGAGAAUCAAGAAUACCCUUACACCAACAUCAGAAUAUUAUCGAACAUCUAUAGUCACGUUAGGUCAUAUAGCUUAUAAUUUACCAGAGAAAUAUCAAGUACAAAUAAAAAAUAUGGUGUCUAGAAAGAUAGUCAAAGAACUAUUAGUAAAGGAAAGCAGUGAACAGACUUCUGACGCCAUUGAAGGAGACUGGUGCAGAGAAGAUCAAUUACCUGAGGAAACGCGUUGUAGAUUAGAAGGAUUAAAAUGUAUGGCACGAUGGUUAUUAGGAUUGAAGACUGACGUACUCUCUGCACAAAAAACGUUCAGAAUGCUAAAUGCAUUUGUAGUGAAUAAAGGGGAUCUUUUACAACAAGGUCGUUUAAGUAAAGCAGAAAUGAGUUGGUUACGAUUACAAGCGGGUUGCUCGAUGUUAAAGAUAUGUGAGCAAAAAGGCGUUGGUGAUCAAUUCACGGCCGAACAGUUUUACAACCUAUCUCAACUCAUGGUGGAUGAGGUUCCACAAGUAAGAGAGGCUUUCGGUAGCAAAUUACACAAAGGACUUGGAAGGGGAAUUCCAAACAAAUGCCUGCCGCUGGAUUUUAUGGGCUAUUAUGCACUCGCCGGCAAAGAACAGGAUAAAAGACUAAAGUGUGUUUUAAAAGCUUACAUGCAAGCUGACAUAAAUAAGAGGAGGGAUUAUGUUAAGACGCUGUCACAGGGUCCCGUAGAACGGGCCAUGGGUCAAUUGCCGCAUAUUCUACCCGAUUACAUGCUAGUAUUCGCGGUUCCUAUUCUUGCACAUGAUCCUGAAUUCACGAGUCACUUGAUGACGAGUCAAUUGAAAGUCAUACAACAGUGUUUAUGGUUUAUAUUAGAACCCCUUAUAACGAAAAAUGAGUAUUAUUGCUAUGGUUUUUAUAAAAAUCUCAUAGAGCGAAUGAAGAGUCACAAGGACGCUUUGAAACCAGAGGAUAACACCAUGAACUAUAAAUUAUGGGCUGUUUGCGAUUUAGCUAUGAAUGUAAUAUUCACUAAGACGACAAACUUCGACAUAAAAGAAUUCCCAAGCGAGACACGGAUUCCCACUAUGUACUUCAAGCGUGCAGAUGAACUCCUCGCAAACACCAGAAAUUAUUUGCCCUCUGAAAUGCAAAUUAACAUGUCGAGUCCCAAAGGGAAAGGAUCACUUCACAAUGUACAUUCUGUCAGUGAUAGGCCGCAACGCAGAGCUAAGUCCAAACAACAAAAAGAAGUGGGCGUCGGGCCAAAUGAAACUGAUGCAAGGCUGCAAAUUGGAGAAGUGGAAUGUAUUGAUGCACAGCCAGCGGAAGCAUCAGAAACUAGAAUUCAAUUACCUGGUUUAGAAGAAGAGAUCGACGAACCACCAGCAAAGAGGGCAUUAAGAGAAUCGGAUAAAGUAAAUAAAUAAUUAAGUGAUUGAACUGUAUCCAAGGGGAC